CUGUCUCAAAAAAAACAAAAAACAAAAAACAAAGAAUUAGUUUGUUGAUAACCACAAAAUAAUUUGCUGUGAUUUUGAUUAAGAUUGCAUUGAGGCUGGGUGCAGUGGCUCAUGCCUGUAAUCCCAGCACUUUGGGAGGCCAAGGCAGGAAGAUCAUGAGGUCAGGAGUUUGAAACCAGCCUGGCCAACAUAGUGAAAAAGAUAGUUUUAUUUCUUCCUUCCCAACCUUUUAUUUCCUUGUCUUGUCUUAUUGGACUAGCUAGGGCUUCAAUAUGAUGUUGAAUAGGAGUGGCGAGAGGGGGACAUCUUUACCUUAUUCUAAUCUUAGGGAGAAAACUUCUAGUUUCUCACCAUUAAGUAUACCCUAGCUGUAGGGUUUUUUUGGUAGUUGUUCUUUAACAAGUUAAGGACAGUUCCCCUCUACUAGCUUGAGUAAGUGAAGGCUGGAUUUCUGAAGCUUCAGUGUGAAAUGAUGUGAAAUGCUGUGUGACAUCCAGAGGGGGAUGUUGGAGUUAAGCAGAGUACCUAGGAGAGGGGACUGGGAUGGAGAAAGAGCAGGGAAUCACUGGCAUAUCCAUGAUGCCCGAAGUCAUGGCUAUGGAUGUGAUUGCCAGGGAAGUAUGUGCUGCUGUUGGUCAGGCAACUGGUCACCUUGAACAAAAAUAAUCACAACUCUGUGCAUGAUAAAUACCUGUGACUCUAAAUGUGUGUUCCUGAGGAUAGCCUGGCUACCUCACUAGGACCACAGUGUAAAUAUUGUUGAUGGCCUGCUGUACCUUAGGCACCGUGCUAGACAGUGCCUUGCAUUAUCAGGUUAUCUCAUUUAAUCCUUGCAAUUUUCAAGAUGAGUACUGUUAAUCCAAUUACCAGAUUGAGAAAACAGAAACCCAGAGGGUUUCAAUAUCUUACCCAGGUGAGAGCGUUCAUAAGACAGGGCCGAAAGUGACUCUGAAGCCUAUGCUUGCCCUGCUCUCCCACACUGCCCACAGGGUUUGGGCAAGGAGAAAAAACAGGCUCAGAUGGGAAUGACUGCAGGGAGUCUGAGGAGAGGACCCACGUCCAUUGGGUCAUCUGGAGUGGCCUGAGGCUCAGCACCACUCCCACCAGGAGGGAAGGGCUUGCUUGACCCAAAGUGCCUAGCCUGGAGUGUCUAGUCCCACACUGCAAGGAGAGCUGCAAGUCUAAGGGGAACCUCCACCUCCAGAAUUCAGGCAAUGGUGGCUAAGAUGAGAGGACAGUUAUCCAUCCACUGACCCUGGCGCCUCACACUCUUAAACCCUGGUCUUCCACAUACCCUGACCCAGCAUACCUGUACUCUCCAACCCCUGAGGAUGGGCCUGCGCUGAGUCUGUGUGCUGCUUUACAGAGUUUGAAUAAUUCAAGCCCCAGAGGCCUGAGGUAUCAGUUUCCUUUGCUCUGUUGUCAUGGGGACAGGUGUCUUAACACCUGUGUAAUGCACAGGUAUAAUUAAGCUAAUGAAAGGGCAAAGAGGGAAGGGCUACUGUCCUGUGCCUCAGAUGACUCUGGGCUGAUCAAGGGAGUCCCUGGUCCCUGUUCUGCUGAGAGAGCAGCAGGCCCAUCUAGAGUCCAGGUGUGGGGAAUGGAAGAAGGAAGGAAGGAAUGAGGGAUGAAACAGAAGUAGGAGAAAGGGAGAGAGAGUGGAAAGAGGCAGGCAGGGGGCGAUCAGAGUCAGGGAGGCAGAGAGACCAAGAAAGUUACAGAGGGAAAGAGAAGGAAACAGAGACAGAGUGAAAGGCAAAGCGGGUGGGGAGCAUAGGAAAGGGCAGAGGCAGAGGCCAGAAGAGGCAAGGACCAGCAGAGAAGAAAGACAGACCAAGUACUAAACUCCAGGGGCAGGCACAAAUUGGAGGAUCAGAAGACUGGAGGGGCUGCAGGGCCCGCUGGAGGGUGGUUGGACCCGCCAGAGAUCUCAGUCUUACUUCUGACUUCUAGGUACUGUCCAUACCAUCCUUGCCAGCUGGGCCUAAUUUUGCCCUAGGUCUGGCCAGGAGGCGUCACACCCAGAGACCUGCCCCACCUCUUGCAGUGCCAGGACCAUGGGGCUCCGGAGCCACCACCUCAGCCUGGGCCUUCUGCUUCUGUUUCUACUCCCUGCAGAGUGCCUGGGAGCUGAGGGCCGGCUGGCUCUCAAGCUGUUCCGUGACCUCUUCGCCAACUACACAAGUGCCCUGAGACCUGUGGCAGACACAGACCAGACUCUGAAUGUGACCCUGGAGGUGACACUGUCCCAGAUCAUCGACAUGGAUGAACGGAACCAGGUGCUGACCCUGUAUCUGUGGAUACGGCAGGAGUGGACAGAUGCCUACCUACAAUGGGACCCCAAUGCCUAUGGCGGCCUGGAUGCCAUCCGCAUCCCCAGCAGUCUUGUGUGGCGGCCAGACAUCGUACUCUAUAACAAGGCGGACGCGCAGCCGCCAGGCUCGGCCAGCACCAACGUGGUCCUACGCCACGAUGGCACCGUGCGCUGGGACGCACCGGCCAUCACGCGCAGCUCGUGCCCCGUGGACGUGGCGGCCUUCCCGUUCGACGCCCAGCGCUGCGGCCUGACGUUCGGCUCCUGGACUCACGGCGGGCACCAACUGGAUGUGCGGCCGCGCGGCGCUGCCGCCAGCCUGGCGGACUUCGUGGAGAACGUGGAGUGGCGCGUGCUGGGUAUGCCGGCGCAGCGGCGCGUGCUCACCUACGGCUGCUGCUCAGAGCCCUACCCCGACGUCACCUUCACGCUUCUGCUGCACCGCCGCGCCGCCGCCUACGUGUGCAACCUGCUGCUGCCCUGCGUGCUCAUCUCGCUGCUUGCGCCGCUCGCCUUCCACCUGCCCGCCGACUCGGGCGAGAAGGUGUCGUUGGGCGUCACGGUGCUGCUGGCGCUCACCGUCUUCCAGCUGCUGCUGGCCGAGAGCAUGCCGCCGGCCGAGAGCGUGCCGCUCAUCGGGAAGUACUACAUGGCCACUAUGACCAUGGUCACAUUCUCAACAGCACUCACUAUCCUUAUCAUGAACCUGCAUUACUGUGGUCCCAGUGCCCGCCCAGUGCCAGCCUGGGCUAGGGCCCUCCUGCUGGGACACCUGGCACAGAGCCUGUGCGUGCAGGAAAGAGGGGAGCCCUGUGGGCAGUCCAGGUCACCUGAGUUAUCCCCUAGCCCCCAGUCUCCCAAAGGAGGAGGUGGCCCCCCAGCGGGCCCUUGCCACGAGCCACGAUGUCUAUGCCACCAGGAAGCCCUACUGCACCAUGUAGCCACCAUUGCCAAUACCUUCCGCAGCCACCGAGCUGCACAGCGCUGCCAUGAGGACUGGAAGCGCCUGGCCCGUGUGAUGGACCGCUUCUUCCUGGGCAUCUUCUUCUCCAUGGCCCUGGUCAUGAGCCUCCUGGUGCUGGUGCAGGCCCUGUGAAGGGUAGGACUAAGUCACAGGGAUCUGCUGCAGCCACAGCUCCUCCAGAAAAGGACAGCCAUGGCCAAGUGGUUGCUGGUCUUUAAGCCAGCCAGUCUCUCCCCACUGCUCCUAAGACCCUGGGACACUUGACUUCACAAUCCACAAGGGAGCACUCAUUGUCUACACACCCUAACUAACGGAAAUCCAGAGCCUGCCACUCCCCUAAUUCCAAAAAAAAAAGAAGAACUCUACAAAGGCCAAGGUCACAGAGUACAGUCUUGGAGGGACAGAAUUGUUUGUGCUGGGUACUAGAGCUCUCAGUGGAGAGCGUGCGGGUUAUUAUGAGAAACUGAACUGAACUGCUCCGUUUCCUGUCUUCCUUCCUAGGUGGCUUCUUUGCAGGGCAUUGGGUCUUACCUUUCCCUGCCGAGGGGCUCAGGGAAAAGGAUUGGGGAUUCUCAGUUGAGUUUCCAGAGCAGGAGGCCCUACAGACAUUUGGCCCCAAAUCCCCGACUCAAUAAAGUAAGCGUGUACCUAGCA